CAACUUAAACAGCAUAUAGAUGGAGUGCAUAUUUCUAACGGAUUAACGUGGAAUCCUAGUCUAAAGAAAAUGUACUACAUCGAUUCUGGCACACGAACCGUUGAUGAAUUUGAUUAUGACCAAACAAAUGGCACAAUUAGCAAUCGCAAACCAAUAUUUACAUUGGAAAAACAUAACAUUCCGGGGAUACCGGAUGGUAUGACCAUUGACUCCGACGGAAAUUUGUGGGUUGCUGUUUUCCUCGGUUCAAGAGUGAUAAAGAUUGACCCAAGAAAACCUGAAACCUUACUAGAAACUAUCAAGAUUCCCGCUUUACUAACAACCUCUGUAGAAUUUGGUGGUCCAAAUCUUGAUGAACUUUAUGUUACUAGCGGUCGUUUUACAUUCCAGGGUAAAACUCCGGAGCCUCCGGUAGAUGGAGCUUUAUAUCGAGUUACGAAUACUGGAUUAGCAUGGAAUUCCAAUCUAAAAAAAAUGUACUACAUCGAUUCUGGUAAACGAACUGUCGAUCAAUUUGAUUAUGAUCAAGAUAAUGGCACAAUUAGCAAUCGCCAAUCGAUAUUCACGUUUGACAAGCAUAACAUUCCGGGAAUGCCAGACGGUCAAACCAUAGACUCAGACGGCAACCUGUGGGUUGCUGUUUUCCUCGGAUCAAGAGUGAUUAAAAUUGAUCCCAGAAAACCUGAAACCUUGCUAGAAACUAUCGCGAUACCCGCUAUACAAACAACCUCUGUAGAAUUUGGUGGUCCAAACCUUGAUGAACUUUAUGUUACUACUGGUCGUGACACAAGAGUAAAUAAAAAUCUUCAGCCUCCUGUAGAUGGAGCUUUAUAUCGAGUUACGAAUACUGGAUCGAAAGGAUUACCAUCAAACAAAGUCAAACUUUCUGUAUAAUCGACAAAACUUACGACACAAUACUUCAAAUACAAUAAAAAUAUAACUUUCCUUUAAAAUUCACUUUUUCUCAUUCUCAUUUUCAACUAUUUUGUUCAAAUUUUAUUCGAGUGAGAUUAAUUCUUUUACGUAAUUUUAUUAAAUAAUUGACUUUUAUUUUUACUUUAUAUAUAUAUGCAUUACACAUUAAUAACUGUAAUAACAGCGUGUUGCUCGCGUAACAGAAUAAAGACCUAAUACAAAUA